AAUGGCCGUCUUGCUCUCGUAUGUCGUCAACGAGAUAAACUUGGACUGCGCUCAACGACCAUCUAAGACUUUGGCAUCCUCUAUCAAGACGUCCAGCGACCUGGCUCUACACGCAUCAACAUGGUUCUCGUGCUGAUUAUCGGAGACCUCCACAUCCCUACUCGGAUUCAUGAUCUGCCUGCCAAGUUCAAGAAGCUGCUAGUACCAGGGAAGAUUGGGCAGAUUCUGUGUACCGGCAAUAUCUGCGACAAGGAAACGUACGAUUACCUACGGACAGUAGCACCGGAGGUGUUGAGCGUAAAAGGGGAUUUCGAUUCGACCGGCCAUUUCCCCCAAAGCGUCAUCAUUAAUCACGGACCCCUGAAAUUCGGAGUCAUCUCCGGAACUCAAUGUAUACCAAUAGGCGAUGUAGACAUUCUCGCGGCCACUUCAAGGCAGAUGGACGUGGAUAUUCUGAUUAGUGGAGGAACCCAUCGAUUCGAAGCAUUCGAGUAUGAGGGUAGAUUCUACGUCAACCCUGGUUCGGCAACAGGUGCUUGGAGUGGUUUGUGGCCUGGCGAGGCUACCCCAUCUUUCGCUUUGCUGGACAUUCAGGGUCCCGUGGUCGUGACUUAUGUCUACCAACUCGUCGAUGGGGAAGUCAAGGUGGACAAGGUGGAAUACCGGAAACCGGACCCUUCCGAGAUCGCCAACAAGGUUGGAAAUGACCCAGUGAAUUCCUCGAACACGGGUUUAGAAGGUGUGGAGACGGCGGAAGGAGCCUGGUAACGCGUCAGAGUGUACCUCUCGAACAGGCGUUAACGUGUACCUCUGAAUGAUUAUACCAGUGAAUGCGACGGAGAUGCAGCAUGAUAACGAUUGUAAUACGACGAAA